CUCUACAGCCGCUGCCGGUCAGAGAACAAUAGAGCGCGGACCCAGCAAGCAUAUCCGCCCAUCUUUCGCCCAUUUCAGGCAAGUCCACGUCAGUGGCUCCCCUCGUCGUCCCCAGCGAUCUGCUGCCGCCGUCGCCGCCGCCCGUUUUUGCAUCUUACUCAUCGCCCGCAUCUCCCGCCCCCGCGCGCCGCCUGCCGAGUCCACGCUGACGACGCGGUCCACAGCGCACAGAUACGCUACAUGUACGCGCCCUCGUCGUCCCCGGAGUCGCCGGGCCUCUUGUACGACGGCAUCUCCGACCACCCCUCUCUCCGCCGCGUCAAGCCGCUCCCCAAGCGCCGCCGCACCAGCCCAGCCGAGGGCGCGACCCCCGAGGGCGGCUCCCCCAUGCCUCCCGCCCCGCCCGACUUGCCACAGGACAGCGACGCCGCGUACUUCGCCCCAGGCGCCGCGAAUCUCCGCGCGCACGACCCGGGCGCCGCCCCGCGCGAGGCGGACGACGAUCCGUCCGAGGGCGACUACAUCGAUCACCUGCAGCAGCCCGGGAACACGAAGAAGCGCAAGGUGCCCAAGGCUGGCCUCUCCGGUGGCGAGGACGAUCCCGAUCACGACCGCGGGGGGCUCCAUGGGGCGUCGCAGCUCACCUCCGCGGCAGCGCAGGGCGCGCCACAGGCGCCGCCCGUGGACCAGCCCCCGCCACAAUACUCGUUUGCCACGAUCGGCGUGCCGCCGAGCGCGGCGGCGCUUGAUACCAAUACGGUAGCGACGACGCUCAGCGCGCUCACGAAGCGCCUCACGCGCACGGCCAAUAAGCGUGCGCGGCUGGGACGGACGCUCAGUCUGGUCACGCUUGCGGGACUGCAGCAUAAGGACAUGCUCAGGACGCGCAAGCGCCAGCUCACAGCAGUCCUUGGAGCACUCUCCCAGGGAGAUGCGCAAGCUCUCGAUCAAGCGCUUGAAGCGAGCUGGCCGCUUGGCUCGGGCGCAUCCGGCUAUCUAGGUGGUGCAGCUUCGUCGCUGCUUACCGGCGCUAAUACUACAACGACUACAACUGGACCUUCGGACGACGUUCAGCAUACCCUCGAACCCCUCAAGACGCGCAAGUCGAAGCGCGCUCGUGUGCGCGAGGCGCGGCGUGCGCGGGCGAACGUCGCGCUUCGCCACCCCGAUGCGGCGCCUUUUCCGACAUGUGACUUUUCGUACAAGUGCCCGAGCGCUACUGCCGAGCGCUUGAUCACAACCAAGGAAGAGGUGAACGCGCUGCGCGCACGCUUCGAGGCCGAGCUCGCGCGACAGGCGAGCAAAGCAGCGCAGGCCAAUAAGAUGGCGCUCGCCUCGCGCCGCCAGGGCGCCACCGCCCCUCCCGGCGACCGCGAUCGCAAGUCGCGCAUGCGCACGACGAAGAAGAGCGGCGCGGGCGGCGACCAGAAAGCCGAGUUCCUCGCGCUCCCCCCGCAGGCCGGCACCCCGCCCGCGAAGCCGGCGAAGGGCAAGAAGAAGAAGCGCUCCGCUCUGGCGAACGCGUCGAACCCGCACCACCUGCGCAACUACGUGCCCUCGCGCCUGCCGCACUCGUCCGGGGGCGGGCACCACGCCGCGAGCAGCACGCCGCAGGACGAGAACGUGCCGAUCAACUUUCUGAGCAAGGGCAUCGGGAAGGGCGCGCUGAUCAACCCGGCGGACGAGUGGGUGUGCCCGUUCUGCGAGUACGAGCUGUUCUAUGGGGACGAGGCGGAGUACCGAAGGGCGAUCCGGAAUCGGAAGAAGAUCCUGCGGAGGCGGAGGAGGGCUCGGGAGCGUGCGAGUGCGGCUGCGAGUGGGCAGGCGCAUGGCGCAAACGCGCGCGGCAAGGGCAGGGAGGAAGAAGAGGAUGAAGGUUACGACGACGAGGCGCUGUACGAUCCCCCGGCGGAUACGUACGUGCCUCCUGCCCCCGUGCAGCAGAAGUGGGACCCCGGCCGCGGCGGUGGGCAGCAGAAGGGUGCUCAGGCCGCGACAGGAUAACGUGGAGUCGCAACCCGAUCGUCGAGGCGCACAAAGGUCCGCCUGAAGGAACAUAUCUAACUCUCUACCUCGUGCUGCUUUCCUUUGUUUGUUUAACGCAACAGUCCAUCAUCGUUCGCAUCCAUCGGUUCGUUCAGCAUCGGAACCAUACUCACAGUCAAUCACCCAUAUACUUACGCUCUUUGCUUACACCUGCAUGAUUUAAUUCCCGGUGUCGUUUACGGCAAUAAAUUGUGUUGGAUUUGCACGGGA